GAACCUAGCAGUGGGAAGCAGAGGACCGCUUAUGUGUUGUGUAUAUACAUUGAGAAUGGGUAUUGGUAGAGUUGCUGGUGGCUUCUCAGUCGCGAUCCCCUCGAAUACUUCUCUUGCCACCUCUACAACACACACGAUCGCUCUACGCCGCGUGAAUGUACAACGCGUCAGUGUGGUCGUGGUUCUCUUCGCAGUUAGUUCCUCAGGCAUGGGAGAGAGACGGAGAUUAAAAGUGUAAGAGAGGGAGAAUCGACGAACUGACUCUCCGUCUGUGUCGAGUUGCCCCGGCAAUAGUGGGGAUGAAAAUUAGUUACGGCAUCUACCCAAGAGACCUAAAAGGAACUCCGUGAGCCGCGCUCGGCCAGGCCACACACUCCGUGCAAUGUUACGCGUUAAGAUACCCCCGGUGCGUAGAUCAUAGUGCCCGCCGGUCUUCUAACAUUCAACAGAAAAGAACGCGUCCUCAAGAGUGUUGUGAAGAUAGAUUUAAAAAAAGGAUUAUGCGGUGUCUGUGCCUUUCGUGUUGAUAAUUUUUUAACUUAAUAAGAUAUAUACUCGCGUUAGUACAUAUAUGCAUAUGUAUUUGAGAUAGAAAAGCGGAAAUAUAACUUUUGAAGCGCAAACAAGUGAAAGAUAGUGCUAGAGAUAGAUCCGCGAAUGCGAGACAUUGCAUAAAAUACGACAGUGCGAGUUCGAGUGUCUAUGUGCGCGUUUCUGUUGAGUUUAACGUUGUAUUAUCAUUUUUUUUCGUUUUAUCUCAUUCGUGAACACUCACUGAGACAUUACGUGCGGUUUAUACAGUUUUCAAAGAAAUUUUCAACGCCGAUUUCAGCGGAGCUUGUACUUCCGUACAAAUCUAGCAGAGUGUUCAUUUCGUGUUCAUUCAUUCAGUCAUCAUGGCACACGGUGUUGGAGAAGUGGUCAAUGAACACAGUGGGAGUAUGAAAAUGGCUCAGAAUACUCAGAAUCAACAAACAAGUAGUCAGCAUGGAAUCCAACAAAGUGUGUCACAGAGAAAGAAUGUUGGAGUCAUGGGAAGUCGAAGAAUCUUUGCCGCAGCCUUCAAACUCAAAGUACUCGAUUCCUACAGAAAUGACAUUGAUUGCCGGGGCAAUCAGCGAGCUACAGCACGAAAAUACGGUAUACACCGGCGCCAGAUACAAAAAUGGCUCCAGUGCGAGGAUAAUUUACGAAGUAGUUGUGCCGAAAGUAACGCGACUACGACUGUUACAAGUACUGGAUGCUGCGACGUUCCAGUUGGUAGCAAUAGAGGAGUCACCGCAUCGCCCGGGCUAGUCAAUGGUCAGAUCGAUGCGACAUCAAAGGUAGACUCCAUUACGACAUCUUCGCCAUCAACUUUGUCGACACCUUUGACGUCAUCGUCAUCGUUGAUGAACGCUAACGGCACAAAUCAUAUCGCAAAUUGCAACGUCAUCGUGUCGAUUGGCAAUACUUCGAGUUCUGGAACGACGACACCAGCUCCAGUCACAGUGGGAACAACAGUAGCGCCGGCCUUGAACCUCAGCCUCGCCAGACUGCACGGCGACGAGCUACACCACCGGCAGGCGGCGCCCCCACCGCAUCAUCCUUCCGUUCCCCCUGGAACACCUUUGCACCACUCUAUCCCACGAAGAGCAACUUCGCCUCUUCAAUAUCUUCAGCAUAAUAACAGUCAUAAUCAUCAUCAAGUGCCUUCUUCGCCAUUGGGACCGGUACGAGCUAUGCAUGUUGCUUACGAGAACAAGAACCAACAAGAGACGCUGCAGCAUCAACAGCCAAGCCACCCGCGUCAUCAUCGACGUCAGCAACCCGGUGAUGAGCAUCAAAUAACCGAGAGGCUCGUUCACGAUAGCUCAUGCUCGCCCGAAAUAAAGUACUCUUACGUUAUGACCCGUUCUAAUUACGAACGCAGCGACGUUUAUUCACGCUCUACAAAUCCAGACGUUUAUUAUCAAACUCUAGAAUCUUAUCAUAAGAACAUUUCCUUCAGGAGUAAUCUCAAUAACAAUAUUGUCAAAGAGGUUAGUUCAAUCGACAGCUCCUUCCCAACGUAUCGGGAUCAAAAAGUCAACGAGGCCGGAAAUGAGGUUUCUUUGCAACAUGCACAAACGAUCUCUUUCCCGUCCUCCGCUUCCUCGUUGAUGGUUCUCCACGCAACGACGAUAAAGUCGGAACGCGCUAGUCCAGACGCUCUGGCGACGCCGCCGGGGCCAUGCGGGACUCCUGGCUCGCCCGAGUCCGCGGCAACGAUGUCUCGCAACCACGAAGACCAACACCAACGUCGUCCAUCGAACCAGCUCGCGACUCGAAUCACAGUAGCGGCUUCUGAUACGCCCAACAUCGAUGUGUGCAACAACACGAGAAGAAACGAGAACGUCGUCGCGGUAGCCAAUACGGCGACCGGAUCGGUGGCGGCCAUAGCCGGGGCUUCUGUUGCCGUUCACUCGAACGAGACAACGAGCCUCGCGGCGCACGUGCACGUUGGUGUCGACUCACACGCGUCCGAGCUUCGAGUUUCCGAGAAACGGCAGCGCGAGAGAGAGCAUCAAUACAGAGACGACGUAAAGGUGGAAUACGAGGAGAGAAUACGAAGAAUGAGAGUAAAGGAGGAAGUUGGUGCUGAGCGAGAUGAGUCGGGGACAAAAACGGUAGCCGGUGCCCCGAGACCAAGGAGUCCUACAUCUUCGGGGAUGCUCAUAUCGCGCAUGACCUGUUGUGAGCCUAAGCGAGAGAUUGGCGAGGAAGAAACACUUAUCGAAGAUUCCAGGUACCAUCGGGAAUCAACAAGAACGGACGUGAUCACUGCGUGUCCUGACUACCAAGCAUCAGCGGGAACUCCAACUGGUUUAUCGCCUACCCAUUCUUCAGGGCCAAUAAGUCCAAUAACGCGAGACCCGGCGGCAACUUAUUGCGUUUUGUCGAGUCCAAGAGCAGCAUCAAGUUCGGGGAUUUCAACGAGUAGCAGUUGUUCCGACAGCGAGAUAGAUCCUCUGGAUUAUUCUUCAAGCUCAACGAAAAACCCGAUCAGUGACUUAUCUAGAAGACGAUCUUUUUCGUUGAGGUUCAAGCUCGAUGUGCUCGAUGCUUUUCACAGCGAUAUCGGUGUGGCCGGAAACCAGAGAGCAACUGCGAGGAAAUUUGGCAUAAAUCGUCGUCAGGUACAAAAAUGGCUCGGUCAGGAGAGUGAACUCCGAGGUGAAAUAGCUCUGCGAGGUGGAGAUCUGCGUCAACGUUUGGGACCAAUGCCCGAGGUCAAUGAAUCCAACUCAGCUGUUGAUCUGAGAACAUCAUCCAGCACGAUUUCAUCAAUUUCCGGUGUAAAAAGCGAUGGUGAACUCGAAAACUCUUCGUCGCCGCUCUAUUGUUGCGACAUUGGCUCCUCAUCCCAAAGAUUCGGUUACUAUCGACGUGGCAGCCUCGGUGAAUCGCCGGAAAUAACAUCAAGGAACUGCACUCUUCCUUGCUGCAUGGACAAUUUCAACGGUGCUUCAACGGUGUGUUAUCAAGAGAUAGCUAAUCAAAGGAGAUCUUCUUCCGGCUAUCCAGAAUCUCAGAGCAGCCUAUAUUGCUACUCACCUCGAGAUCUCUCAGAAAACGGGAGUGAACCAAUCGACGUUACAACUCCCCUCAAAAGAUCCGCCUGUAUGCUAAACUGCUGUUACGAUACGCUACCAUCGCCCAAACGUAUUUGCUCCGAGGCUGCAGAAAAAAUACGUUCCAGCCCUAUGUGCCAAGAUGAACCACCACAAGAGGUUCCUCUGUGUCUCGUCAAACCAAAAGAAUCCUUCGAGGCUCCUAUGCCAAUGCAAAUGGAAGCUGUAACCAGUACAGUGCCAACACCACCCGCAGUCCGAAACGUAUCGCAGCCGACGGUAACAUCAUCAUCCAAGAAGGACGCCAUUCUCUUCAAGCCUUACCUAGAUAAUCCAGUAAGCAAACCCACCGAGGAUACACACCUGAAUACGCAUAACAAACAUGGCGGAUUAUCGCCGCUCAGUGCACACAGCAUCAUUCUCAAUAACAAUAACUGCCAGGGUAUCUGCAAUUUGAACAAGGACAGAAAUAUCCUUCCUCAACAACACGACUAUUCUCUCGAACUUAGUCUCAGAGUCCCUGUAUCUUGGGCCCCACAUGGAUAUGCCGAAAUUCCGGAACGGCUAAGAAGCGCCUUCGUUCGAUAUCCUACGAGUCCUCAUUACACGUGACUCGCUUGCAAAAAUGGCUGAGGUAGUAAAAUAAAAGUCAUGAAAAUCUCAAUCGUCCCAUUGUUUCGAGACAAUCUGUACUCUCAGCUAUCGGUUUGAAAUUCCAAAUCAUUUUUCACAGAACAACUACCGUAAUCGAAGGCAACGGGAAAAACGUUUUACCACCCGUAACGAUUAGUUAGAUUUUCAAUAGAUAUAAAAAUGACCUCAUACGUCUGUAGCUUCUCGUUUCUUUUCUUUGCUUCUCAAUAAUCUGGUUCUUCUUUCCUUUUUCUCCAUUUCUUCAGCAUACUCCUUUAUGUUUAUUUCUCUUGAAACGCGGUCUUGGCUUAUCAUAACCGAGAUUAACCGGAAGGCGAGAAUCUUAUCGUGUCUAGGCCGUUUAGAGGUCGUCUCACUCGCACUCCGUUCGUUACGAUUACGAAAUUUCACUGAGCUUACACUUGCGAGCAUAAACGAGUGAAUCGUAAAUUACGUGGCUCAAUACCUCCGUGGAUUCAAUUUUCUUUUCACUCGUUCUAUUUUUUCGUAGCCUAUUAUUCAUGUACAAACGUAAAAUGUACAAAGAGUCGUGAGUUAUAUCGAAGAACCAUUGAAUUGCUCAAAAACGAAUGCUUCCAUUAAUUAACCGUGUCUUAAAGAAAUAAAACAACAAUUGAAAGGAAAAUCUAUAAAGAUCGUGAGUUUAUGCUAACACUGAAUAUUUUUUUGCCUUUUUGUAAAUGUGUCAAUAUAAGUUGUAGGUUAAAUUCUCAUUCUUGGUCCUUUUUAUCGAAAAUUCUCAGUGACGAUUGUAAAAUUCUAAAUGGCAGUGUGCAACACACUAAUUCCGGAAUGAGUUGGAAAAUGGAGAAAUAUUCAAAUAUGGACUCUUAUAUACAUCGUGUGCCUUCUCACUUUAUCGCUCAGGAAAAAUUGACGAAUUGCGAAAAAAGUAUGCAGGCACUUAUUCUUCAUCCAUAUUUAUCGGGCGAGCAUUUUUUUUAUUAAACAGACAUGUUUAUCUUUUUUUAAUGUGAUUCUUGAUCAAAUAGCAUAAGAAGAGUAAUAUAACCAUUUUUACGAGACAAAUAAUGAUGGAAGUGUUUCUAUCGAAGGAGAAAAUAUGUUCACGCAUGUGUGCCUUAUUUCGUUCAUUAAACUUGUUUUCCAUCAAGCUUGAGAUAAGAACUCAGAAUCGUCAUUUCUAUUCGCUCAUAGAUAUGAAAAAGAAUGAUUUUUUCAAACUCGACGGUUGGCAAAAAUUCCAAUUGAAAUUAUCUGGCUCUGAAUAUAUUUGCCGUUAAAAAUACGUUGAAAUUAGAAUAAAACCGCGAGUCGUAAAUUCAGUAUCGCAAUUAUAUAAAUUAAUUUUCAACCAAAAUAAUGGAGCAAGAAAAUGGGUGACAAAAAGGGAAGAGUGGGAUAAAGAGAACCAUUAAGCCUGAUCCAGGCGCUAUAGUUUGUACGAAUCGUCCUCCAAAGUUAACGAAAGUAUUUUCACACCAAUAAAUUAACGUCCAUAAUGAAACAUCGUUGUUCGUUUAUCUUUUUAAAUCGUGAAUUUGCGAGGUUCGUAACGGCUGUUUUAAAAAAAUUAUUGAUACGUAUGGGCGUAGAAAAAAGCCGGAAAACCGCGCGAGUCACGGGUCAAGGUGGCAAUGUGUACAAUAAACAUUUGUUUUUUAAACACAAAAAAUUAUUGCGAAUCGUUUUAAGAGCCAUAAUGAAUUACAUAAUGCCAUAAAACAAUUUACAUAAUAGUGUGUAAUGUAACAAGAAAGAAAGAGAGAGAAAGGGAGAAAUGAGAAAGAAAAAGAGACGGAGAGGAAUGAAUACUGCUAAGUCGAGUAGUUCAUUUCUCGACGUUACAUCUCGCUCUAAGUUCGCGUGCUCGCCGGCCCACAAGAGUCUAUUAACGUGUAGUAUACGAGGAAAAGAGACAAGUAGAGUUUUAGUAUAUGACGAAGAAUAAAAGCAAUAUUUUUAAACUGCAUAAGAGGCGAGCCUCGUGGGCGAGCCCACGAUUAUCUCUCAAGCCCAAGCAUAUUAUAUUAGUAAUAUUAUUAUUAAUUAUUAUUAAUAUCAUUAUUAAUUAUUAUUAAUAUCAUUAUUAUUAUUAUUAAUUAUUAUUAUAUGAAUAUGAAAAUUACAGAUUUAUUAUACACGAUAAAUGAAAGUUAUGUAUACACGAAGAAAGACAACGAGGUUCAUAUGGUAAACAGGUACAAGAUCUCGUAUUAAAAAGAAAAAUAAUGAGUAUUUAUCAGGAUCCAAAAGAUGUAUAUUUUUCAAUGCCAAGUUGAUGAAAAUUUAGCAAAUAUGCCCCCGUUUUAAGAUAAGAGACCCCUCCGCUAUUUCGAAAUUAGAAGUGAACUUUUCGACCCCUGCGUGCCUUAAUAUCUCAAAUAAUAUUGUAAAGGAGAAAAGAUAAAAAAUGGUGAAAAAUGAUCGUGCCUGAAAAUAUAAUUGAGGAUCCGCAAAUACGAGUCUGGUGCUUAUCCUCUGACAUUGGUUGCUCAUUGUGUGAUAAAUAAAAAAACGAUAAAGAUUUUGGGAAAAAAAUUUUAAAAAUAAAUUAGAAACAAAGGAUUCAAGAGAGAAAAAUUUUAAUGGGAUGGCAAAAAUGCGUUAAGCGAAUUUACGUUGCGGUAGGAAAUUUUAUUAUUUCCGAUUCAGCGGGAAUAAAAGAACGCCUAAACGACCAUAUCCGACAUUUGUGAUUCAUUCGACGAAAGAGAAGAAAGACAGACAGAAUUAUAUAUUUGUAGCUUUAGUAUUUGAACAAUUGUGUGCGAAUGUGUGAGAGAGAGAAAGAGAGAAAGAACGACGAAAAGCUAGAACGGGUGUGUGCACGAAGCAUCGUCAUCACUUUUUAUAUGCUCAGAGACUCGAGAAUUAUUGUAUUAAAGCGACAAAAAACAAAAUUAUUGUACUAUAUACACAAAACAUAGAUAUAUAUCUCCUAGAAAUUUACCGAAUUUUAAAGAAAAUAUAAGAGAUUAUUUUAAAUGA